UCGGAGUGCACAUAGUGUGUGUGUGCGGUGCGAGCGAGACGUGCGCGUUAGUGGUGGGGGGCGCGCGGGCGUGUGCGCGCGGCUCGCUGCCCCCCUCUCUUUGCACGCACAUCACUCACGCCGCUGCGCACGCGCACGCACUCACAUACAACCAAUUAGGUAAUCUCCUGAGAGAGUUGGGCGCCAUCUGGUGGGAGACACGCACUGCACUAACUGAGGAAACCAGUAUGUACGUGCCGUACGCGCCGCACGUCGCUGAUCUACUGCAGGUGUUGCAGCAGGCUUUCACUGCCGCUGCUAAAGCGCUGGGACAUGAUAUAGAAAAAGUGUCGUGGUUCUCGUGGUCUGUGUUGCGGGAGGCGUGGUCCCCGUGGGCGCAGCCCGGGGCCCCGCCCUCUCUGCUGCCUAUACUCGCGGAGGACUCGCAAGCGCAUACAGACAUGCUGCAACGGUUCACAGAAACUUUAACACUUGUUAUGGAAGAUUGUCCUGGUAGUAGUGAGUACGUGGUGCGGGAGGCGUGGCAGUGGGCGGUGCACACGUACCUGAGCGCGGGCGCGGCGACACAGUGUUGCCGCGUGGCGCUGUCCGCAUUACUCGCCGCACUGGACCGCCUGCCGUGGCACACCACGCAAUGGAUGCACGCCGCAUGCAUGCCAUUAGCUAUGCAGAUGAGCCGCAGCAGCGACAGGGAGCUGGUGUCGUGGUGCAGCGCGCGCUGGCGGGGCGCGUGCGCCGCGAGCUGGCUGCGCGGCGUGCACCACGCACAUCUCGCGCCGCACCUCGUCGCACUGCUCUCACUCUUCUGCUCACCCCAUCUGCAGCUAGACGCACAGGUGAUGGAGGAGGCUACGCUGUUGCCAUGGCAACGGCUGCCUGAGACCGCGCUGGAUGCGGCCUUCGAACAGUUCUUUGUCGACUUCCACAAUCCAGCCUUCCCGUAUCACGAGACGUUGCAAUUUAGGUUACUACUAUGCGCGAGUCAGUUAAUAAUAGUGGACGAGUCAGCUGCGUGUCCGAGUGCGCAGUCACGUCGCGCCCGCAGCGUGUCGCAGUGCGUGCGCGCCGCCGCCGUGCCCGCGCUCGCACACCAUGCGCGUGCGCACACCGACACUAUGCUGCGAGUGCUUACAGACCUCGCAUCACACAUAGAGACGAGUGAGAUAGAAGAAUUAUUGAGCCGAGCGCUUGUUAUAAUGUGUAUAGAGCCUGCCGCCGCCGCCGCGUUACCGGUAUGGCAGCAGUGGUUGGUGGGAUGUGGUACGGCGCUGCGGCUGGCGGCGGCGAGCGCGGCGGCCACGCUCACUGCACUGGAGUACUUCGUGCCACUCGUUGACACUAUCGCUAAAACACAUAUGACGCUAUCAGAGGAUGGUGAGUGGAGCGCGGUGCGUUCGCGGCUGCGCGCGUGCGCGUGGGGCGCGAGCGCGGCGUGCGCGGCGGGCGCGCGGCGAGCCUGGCACGCGGCAUACGCGCUGCUCCAGGACACGCCGGACACGCCGCACACGCCACACACUGACCUGCUGCGGGCACUCGCUGACUAUAACAUCACCCCGUAUGUAUCUAGUAUACACUAUUCUGAUAUAAUAUUGUUUUAGUAGCUUUCGCCCGCGACUUCUUACGGGUGAAAAAAAUGUAACUUUGUGUUCUUCCAGACUAACCUUUAUAUCUACGUUAAACUCAUUGAAAUCUGUUUAGCAGUUUAGGUCUCAGUCUCACAAAAAUGCAUCAAAAUCUUCACAUUUGUAACAUCAGUAAAAUGAUUAUAAUGCUAUGACUGUUUAAUGUGUCUCACCUCGUUGUAUUUCUUUAAACGGGUUCAAAAAGAAGGAAGUUCUCAAUUUUUUUGUAUAUUUUAUAAAUGACUAACGUGUGACAUGUAAAGG